AUGGCGCAGUUGAUCAAUCCCGAUAUAGCCCUUGAGGGCGGACUAUCAACCGUCAACGACACUGCUCACGCAACAUUAGACAGCACAACAGAGUCUAAUAUUGAUAGAGACACCAGCAACUCUGAACCCAGUGGCCGGCUCCAAGCUGACCACAAGCGAAAGAUAGGGCAAUUGAAGCCCUUCAGGGCACCACUUGGUGGGCUGUACGAAGAAAACAUUACAGCCAAGAUCCUCAGAACAGCCGAAGACGGUUUGGUUGACAACAACCCCCCAACGGCUUACCCAGAGUAUGUACUGCAGAGAGGCCCAGAUGCUGGCAAGUACAUCCUCCGAGAGGUAUUCUUCUGGACGUGUGGGUUCUUCCCGGGAAGCAUUUACUCUCUCAUUGAGAGAGUUGUCAAGUUCCCUCAUAAGAUGCCUGUAGGACAUGAGAAGACAGCUUUGCUGUCGAAACUCUGGUCACUAGGCGCUGCGUGGUCAGAACCACUCCACACGACGGCCAAACGUACGGAUACCCAUGACAUGUCCUUCAUGAUCCAGCCUUCGAUGAGGGUCCGGUGGGAAGUUGCGCAGGACAGACAGGCAUUGGAUUCCAUCAUUAAGGCGGCCAAAGCUCUGCACACGCGCUUCAACCCUACCGUUGGCGCAAUUCGAUCAUGGGAUGCAUUGACUCAACGCGGAGUUACCAUCGCCAGCCUCACAGAUGACUUUCUCGUCAUCAUUGAUUCUAUGUGCAAUCUUGACUUGCUCUACUACGCGUCUUCAUGCACUGGAGAGUCUCAUCUCUGGGACGCGGCUACGAAACACGCAAAGACACUGAUUAAGUCGAAUCUGCGUUCAGAGAAGGACCCUAGGGGCUUGGUGCGGGGAGAAUUGUACAGUACCAUCCACGUCAUCAACUUUGACCCCAAGAACGGUGAAAUCAAGGGGAGGCGCACAGCUCAAGGAUAUGCCGCCGAAUCAACGUGGGCAAGAGGGCAGGCGUGGGCCAUCUUGGGCUACGCACAAACCUUUAUGUGGACCGGCGACAAUGAGUCCUUGGACGUGGCUCGUGGGCUAUCGGAAUACUUCAUUCUGAGACUGGAGACGCCUGCCAACUCCGUUGAGCUCCCAGUGGAGGGCGAGGAUAGGACGAAGGGCCGGUACGUGCCGCUCUGGGACUUCGACGCGCCAAUCGAGAUCGAAAAUUCCCCUCUCCGAGACUCGUCUGCGGGUGUUAUUGCCGCCAACGGUAUGCCAGUCCUCUCCCAAGCCUUGGCCGGACAAGGUCGGACAGAAGAGAGUGCAAGAUACCGGGACAUGGCCAUCACGAUCGCCAAUGACACACUAGAAUUAUCGUUGGCGACAGAGAAGGCAACUCUCGUUUUCGAAAACGGCAAGUUCUCGGUUAAAGACGUUGAGAAGGGCGACACGUUUGAUGCUCUCUUGAAGAACGCAACAGCGAACCGCAACAGACGAGAUCGCAAGCAAUACUGGGACCACGGUUUGGUUUACGGAGACUACUACUUGAUCGAGUUCGGUAAUAGGAUGCUAAAGAUGGGGCUGGUGUGA